CACUGUUGUAUUUUUCUUGCUAGCUCCUCCACCCUUUCUAUUUCGCCUCCUAUUCCUUACUCUGGUUCGUUCAUCUACUAUUCUAAUAUCUCUAGACCCUUACUAUGGCGGAGACGCAGCUUGCUAGCACCGCCACAACGGCUGGCGCAGCAGGCAGCAUAUGCGGCAACCCGCAACGCUGGUAGCGCUGGUACGCAGGGACGAUGACGACGACUCUCCAACAAGCAGCUCGCGCUCGCAGAUUGAUAUCAACGUGUCGUACCUGUUUGACCCAGCCAACGCGCCAGGGACCGGACCGUACUUUUCAGCAAACAACAUUGAUGCGGCGACACAGAUCACAUCGGCAGCGCUGAUGGGCGGGUGCUGUAUCGGAGUGUUCUCGCUUCUGCGGUACAAGUGGCCGGAGCUGUACUCGCACCGGCUGCGGCUGCGGUACAUGCGGCCAGCAAACAUCCCGCGCACAAUGUUUGGGUGGAUCUACCCGAUGGUGACAAUGUCGGACAGACACGUUUUCGAGACGGUGGGCGUGGAUGCACUGCUGUUCUUCCGGUCGUACCGGAUGAUGAUCUAUAUAUUUAUGUGGCUGGGGUUCCUGGGGAUGACGGUGCUGUAUCCGGUAGAUCGGUACUGGGGCAAGGAGGACGGCGACAAGGGCGAGCACUCUGUGUUUGAGUCGCCGAUUGCCAGCGUGGCUAGCCUCAACGGGCGGUACUCGGUAGCGCAUGCACUGAUGGCGUAUGUGUUUGCAGCGGUGCUGUUUUUCUACAUCGACCGGUUUUCGCUGCACAUGGUGACGAUGCGGUGGCACUAUCUGCUGCUGACGCGGCGGUCGGGGAACUCGCGCACGCUAAUGAUCACGCAUCUGCCACGCGAGCUGCGGUCGGAGCGGGCGCUGCGGGGGUUCAUCAACGGCAUGCAUGUGGGUGAAGUCGAGGCGGUUCACGUGGCCCCGCUGUCGCGCGACCUGGACGAGGCCCUGGCGCGCCGCGCUGCGAUCCUGACGAAGCUCGAGGCAGCGUACACGGCGAUUCUGGGCAACCCGUGCCGGGCACACACAUACAACCCGGCGCUUCUCAAGCGGGUGAUUCUGUCGACAGACCCGAGGGCUCGUGUGGUAGAGGCGCGGCUGCUGCACCGGUGGGCAAAGCAUGGCAAGGGCAGCAAGAAGCAGCAGCAGCAGGGGCCCAAGAAGUAUGCGGAGCGACCCACGGUGCUGGUCAAGCGUACGCGGGCGGAGCAGCCCUCGUGGUCAGCGCUGAGGGCCAAGCUGUGGCCGUAUGAGCGCACCGACGCAAUCGACUACUACCGCAGCGAGAUGACCAAGGCUGACCAGCGACUGAAGGAGGUGCGCGACAGCUUCCACAUGCUGGAAGCCAGCCCAGUAGCGUUUGUGACGAUGCGGCAGCCGGUCAAUGCGUACGUGCUGGCACAGCUGAAUGUGUAUGCCGCGCCCAGCACCUGCAAGAUCAAGAUGGCGCCCGAGGCCGCGCUCCUGCGGUUCGUCCUGGGGCUGAUCAUGUCGUUUGCGCUGCUGUGUCUGUGGUGCGUGCCCGUGGUUCUGAUCUCGACGCUGAUUUCGCUGCAGUUCCUGGGCACGCGGUUCCCAGGCCUGGCGCAUGUGGUGGAGACCAACAAGUUUGUGCGCUCGCUGCUCAACUACACGCUGCCGUCGCUGAUCCUGACCAUCUUCAUGACGGUUCUGCCGCGGCUGCUGUGGAUCUUUGUGCUGAUAGGCGGCGACCGCACCUACGGCAUCGCCGACAAGAACAUGCUGAUCCGGCACUUUUACUUCCUGGUCAUCUACAUUGUGUUUAUUGUCGGCAUGUCGGGCACCGUGUGGUCGUCGAUAUACGAGAUCUUCACCGAGUUUGGCAAGUUCUGGAGUCGGCUCGUCAACUCGCUGCCGCAGCUGUCGACGUGGUUCUGCGUGUAUGUGAUGCUGUAUGGCGCCGGAUACCAGGUCAUGAAGCUGCUGCACUUGAAGUCUGUGUGUCGGUACCUGUGGCACCAGGCCAAUGCCAGGACGCCGCGCGAGUACAUGAAGGCGAUUUCACCAGUGUUCAUCGACUGGGGCACCAUUAUUCCGUACCCGAUGCUGUUUUUCAUCAUCGGCCUGCUGUACUCGCACCUGCAGCCGCUGCUGCUGGUGAUGUGCAUUCUGUACUUUUCGGUCGGGCUGUUUGUGAUGAAGUACAUGUGCACGUACUCGUGGUACUUCCGGCAGCAGAACUCGGGGACAUUCUGGCCCGUGAUCAUCCGGCGCUGGGUGAUUGGAAUCCUGCUGUACCAGGCGCUGACCACUGCCAUCUUUGCCAGCAACAACAACCACUGGUUCGUAGCGCCGAUGGUCGUUUUGAUGCUGUUCACGGCCUACUACUUUCUGGUGCGCUGUCGGUACAUCCGCGAGCUCAGCGACUCGGUGCCGCUGCAGCUGCUGCGCGAAGCCGAGCGCCGCCGCAAGGUCACCCUGGCCAAGGAGCAGCGCGAGUUCGAGGAGAGCGAACGCAGGGCUGAGCGCGACCUGCAGCUCAACGGCAGGGACCCAUCGGGCGCUGGUACUGGCGUUGGGUGGGCGGACCUCCAGGACCGCCGGCCGUCAAGCAACUCGGACGAGUCGCCCAGUCUGCCUCCGCUCCACACGGUGCCGACACAACCCGAUAGCAUUGCGACCCGGCUCACCUCGAUUUCCGCUGACACUGAGAAGCCCGAGGAGGACGGCCCGAGUUCGCCGCAGUUCUUGACAGCGCGUGAGGCGCACCAGCGCGAGUCGACGGCACCGCUGGUUCCAUCGGAUGUGCUCGAUGGCGGUUAUCCGCGCGGACCAUCGAACAGCAACACAGCGUCGCAGACCAACGAUGCUGAGGGCGACGCGCUGAUCACGCAGCGCACGCACGCCAAGCGCACGCGCAAGUGGUACCAGUCGACGGCAGUGAACAUGGUUCUGCACCCAAUCCAGGCCCUGAUCGCUACCGUGUCGUUCAGCAGCACCUGGAUCAGCGGCGACCCAGCCGCGCCGCUGUGGGACUUUAUCGACGACUAUGCGUUCCCGGAGCGCGUCUCGCGCAUGUCGCACCCAGCCGGGCGGUCGCCCAUGGACCCACACCGGCCGAAGGCGCAGCCCGGGUCGCUGUUUGAGAUUCUGUCGCUGGCGUUCCGGCGGAUUCCGCACGGACUGCGGGUGAUCGGGAGCGAGUUCUUCAUGCAGUUCGACAUUCCCAAGGCGUACCUGGACAGCAGCGUGGUGGACUACCCCGAGGCUGCUGCCAACGAUGACGCGUUCCGAGUCAAGCACAAGCACCGGUCUACGCGCAAGAAGCGCAGCCGCGAGCGAGGCCUCAGUGACACCUCCAGCGCCAACGACUCGCUGCUAUCCGACCACAACCAGCACGACCUGUGCCCGCGCAAUCUGCCCAAAGACACAAUCGUGCGGCUACACAGCGACACCGACGCCCUCAGCAUCCAUGAGGGCGGCAUGCACCGGCCCGGCGUCGGCAUCCACCGCGCGCGCACCUUCAUGCCUGAAAUCAACCCGACCACCGGCAAGCCCGUAGCCAUGCAGUUCCAGAUCCAUGCCGACGAGUUGCCGCACGGCACUCUGAUGAACCGCCGGUUCACUGACUUCUCGCAGCCCAACAUGUCGCGGCUGCCGGGUAUCCUCGACUCCACGCGCUUCGCCUACCUGCACCCAGGCAUGUACGGCGACCUGCCAUCGCUCUGGCUGCCUGUGCCGCACCUGAAGCGCCGCAAAGAGCAGCACCAGCACCGCACUCCUGCCCAGCGCCUGCAUAGCGCCAUGGCCGGCAUUGGCGAUGCCGUCGAGGCCAACAUUAUUGGCGAGAAGAAUGCCGACAAAAUCCAUCAGAGGCGCGAGCGAGCACGUGACAAGUGGGCUGCGCGUGUGCGUCACCCACGCGUCUCAGCCCUGAACCAGCGCGACAGAGCCGCGUCCGAAAGCCCAGCCACGUCGCCCGGCACCAGCGACUCGGAGAGCGGGGAGGGCCGCACCAGCCCACCACCCAUCAACCCGCAGCUUGCUAGCAAAUGCAAGGCUCUGGGGUUCGAUGCCAGCAUCCUGCGCCAGUGUGAUCCCACUGGUCUGCAUGGCCUUGAUCUGGCGCGCCAGCCCACUGCCGAAUCCACCCUGUUGUCAGCCUACGUCUCGGACGCAAGCUCCAUGGCCACUACCGACUACGAUCAGGUCCCGAACGGCGACAGCCUGUCGGGCAGCGAGUCCGACAACAUGGACGAGACCGCAAGUGACCUCAGUGCUGCUCUGCGCGGACUCCCGCCCCCUGUACAGGAUGCUGCGCGCGGCAUGGAGGAGGGCCGCAUGCCAUAG